GGCAGUCCUCCUCCAGGCAGCCAGAGGCAGGGAGCUGAGCUCUGGGGAGAACGUCGCUUGGGGGAGGGGAAGGGGCUUUCGAGCCUCCCCGGUCUGGUCUUGCUCAUCCCCUCCCCGAGCUGCGGGAAGCGCCCGGGAGAAGGCUGCUGAAGCUGAAUGGAGUAACCUGAAAGUUCUUUAAUGUUGUCUCCAAAGAAGGUGAAACCUUUCAAAGAUACUUUCCAAUUGUGAAUACUUGAGAACACAGAAAAAAGCAAAGAAAAAAAGAAAAAAAAGAAUCUGAAAGGAUCUCUCCAUGGAAUUUAUACAUCUAUGUGUCCAUCGAUGGAAAGAAAAUGAUGUCUUUUAAUUUUUUGUGUAUUUCAACACCCUUCAGUGUUGUCUUUUCCACCUCACUGCACACAAUGGGAAAAACUUGAGCAACACUCUGAGCUAUAUUUCAGUCUGAAGAGUUUUCCGUGAUUGUGGUGGACUUUAACCAAACAUGCCAACUGAAGAUCUUUCUCUUUUCCGUUCAUUUGCAUAUUGGGCCUAACCAAAGAAUGUGUUUGUGCAUUCUCUAACUCUCUGGCUUCAGCUCAUUUUUAUUUGUGUUUUUGUUUCUUUAGCUUUCCAACAAAUCCAUGUAAUUACAAAUUGUAGUUAAAGUUUUACAACCCAAUUUGCAUGUGUUAGAAAUAAUUUUGAUGGCUGGUCCGUGGCUCAUUGAUGCAGCGAUAAAAAAGGCAAUAAUAUGAGGCACUGUGUUAAUUGCUGCAUACAAUUGUUACCUGAUGACUUGCACCCACAGUGUUUUAGCUGCCGAGGACCUUCUCAUAGUCACCACAAGUGUCCCAUCUGCAAAGGAGAGAAAAUUCUGUUUCGAGUGGAUAGCAAGCAGAUGAACUUGCUUGCAGUUUUAGAAGUAAGGACAGAAAACAAUGAAAACUGGAGUGGACUUUUUCGCUUCAAAAAGGGGAAGCGAUGGAGCCUCAUUUGUGGAUUGAUAAUAAUGACUUUGGUGAUGGCGUCAUAUAUACUGACUGGAGCCAAACACGAACUCCUGCUCAUACCAUCAUCACUAAGAUACAGGAGCUUUCCCAAUAAUCCAGCUUUAGCAGAUGAUGAAUACCUGAGGAAUUUGAAAGAUUUUCAUCAACCCUUUUUAAUGAAUAUUUCAUAUGAAAAAUAUUAUCCAAACAUUAAACUAAUUAUCAACACAAUCACGUCAAAGGUUGAAUUUACUACAAGGCAGCUCCCAGAUCUAGAAGACCUUGAGAAGCAGGAACUGCAUAUGUUCUCAGUAAUCCCUAACAAAUUUCUUCCAACUAGUAAAAAUCCUUGCUGGUAUGAGGAAUACACAGGGAAAAAUACUACAGAUCCCUACAUGACCAACCUCUAUGCACUGUAUUCAAAGCAUUUUCGGUCAACCUUUGAUUACCUCAGGAAAGAGUUUUGGAACCACUUGUACCAUUUCAAAGAGAAGCACUACCGCCUGCGUUGCCUCCCUCAUUUCUACAUCAUUGGGCAACCCAAGUGUGGGACAACUGAUCUGUAUGAUCGUCUCCGGUUGCACCCGGAUGUGAAAUUCUCAGCCAUUAAAGAGCCACACUGGUGGACAAGGAAACGAUUUGGAAUAGUGCGACUGAGAGAUGGGUUUCGUGAUCGCUCGCCAGUGGAAGAUUACCUGGAUUUGUUUGACUUGGCCGCCCAUGAAAUUCACAAGGGACUUCGGAGUGAUGCAGGGACAGAGCACAGCAAGAUGAAUAAUAUUGUUAUUGGAGAGGCCAGCGCUUCAACCAUGUGGGACAACAAUGCUUGGACUUACUUCUAUGACAACAGUACUGAUGGAGAACCUCCAUUUCUGAUCCAGGACUUCAUCCAUGCCUUUGAGCCGAGUGCGAAACUCAUAGUCAUGUUGAGGGAUCCUGUGGAAAGGUUGUAUUCAGAUUAUCUCUACUUUGCAAGUUCCAAUAAAUCUGCUGAAGAUUUCCAUGAAAAAGUGGCAGAAUCUCUGCAGCUGUUUGAAAAUUGCAUGUUGGAUUAUUCAUUGCGAGCCUGUGUCUACAAUAACACCCUGAAUAAUGCGAUGCCUGUGAGGCUGCAGAUUGGCCUGUAUGUCGUGUAUCUCUUAGACUGGCUCACUGUUUUUGACAAAGAACAGAUCCUUAUUCUUCGUCUAGAAGAUCAUGCCUCCAAUGUCAAGUAUACCAUGAACAAAGUUUUCCAGUUUCUGAAUUUAGGCCCCUUAAAUAAAAAACAGGAAGCUCUGAUUACCAGGAGUCCUGCAUCAAAUACAAGACGUCCAGAGGACCGGAACCUGGGACCCAUGUUUCUACUCACAAAAAAGAUUCUCCAAGACUUUUAUGAGCCUUUCAAUACGAAACUGGCUCAAGUGCUUUCUGAUGAAGCUUUUUCUUGGAAACAGACAUAAGGAGUGAAUUCAUUGCUGUGAGCGCCGUGUUAGAAGAAGAUUUUAUUACUUUUCAUCAAAAGAUAUUUAUUUGGGGCAAUUGUUUUAUCCUUGGCUUGAAGGACUUUAUCCCAGGAUUUUUGUCCUUCUCUUAGCUUAGCAAACCAUAUUUCAUUAUAACUAUUUCAGACUUUGGGAUAUCAAAUAUCCUUAUAUUGAUUCCUUGCGAUGCACCCUUUCAUUGUGAACAGUUGAGGACUGAUAGGAUGGAAUUCUAUUUUUUCUACCCUCACAAUUUUAUAAGUAUUUAUUAAGCUUCUUCCAUUUGUCCAACACUGUGCCAGGCACCUGAAGGGAUCUGAAAGGUGAUUGAAUCCUUGUCUUCAAAGGGCUUAUAAUCUCAGAUUUGUUAGAAAUUUGAAAUUUAAUAGAGCAAUGCUAGAGAUUAUCUCGCUGACUUUACAAAAAUUAUAUUUUCAUUGUUAGUUUCAAAGUACGUGUGUUUCAAUUACCUUAAAUCAUUUUUUGUCUUCUCUCAAACUCCACCAUGCAAUUUUACCCUUGGUUGAUUGAGAAUUUUAUACAUCUGGUAGCAGUAGAUAGAGUGCUGGGCCUGAGUCAGGAAGACCUGAAUUCAUAGGUGGCUUCAGAUACUUGUUGUGUUAUCCUGGGCAAGUCACUUAAAUGCUAUAUGCCUCAGUUUUCUCAACUGUAAAAUAGGGAUAAUAAUGGUCCCCAUGCCCCAGGGUUAAUGUGGGGAUCAAAUGAGAUAAUAUUUGUAAAAGCACUUAGCACACUGCCUGGCACAGAAUAGGCACUAUAUAAAUGCUUAUUCCCUUUGCUCUCUUCCCUUAAUUGAAUUUAUAUUACUUUAUAUGUUAAAAAAAGAACAGAAAUGAUUCUGGAUUUUGGAUCGAAGCACCUGGGUUCAAAUCCUGACUUUGCUACUCACAAGAAUUUCCUCACCUUUUAAAUGAGGGAGAUUAGACUAAAUGACCUCUGAGGUCUCUUCCAGCUAUGAUCCUAAAUUAUGUUAAAUGAUUUCUCUUUUUUUUUAGGCAAAAUGAUUUCAAUUGUCCCUUCCAGUUCUGUCAGUCUUGUCCUAUAAAAUAAACAAACAACAGCAGCAUUCUCAUCUAUGGGACAGAUUUUCACUUCCUGAUUUAUAACUGUUGAUUUUUGCCUUAAUGAAUAUAUAAGAUGGAUAAUACUUUUAAAAUACUUUUAAAAGUAUUUCAAUAGGCUCCACGCCUGAUUUCUCUUUUUUAAGUAGAUUCCAUUUGAUUUCAAUUUGUUAUCCAAGAAAAAAAAAUUUAAUACUGACGCAAGGAUGAGUGACUUUAGAGAAUUAGUAGACUUAAGUGGAAAAGCUUGGUUAUGUUUUGAGACUUUGGGAUGUGAACAGUGUUGUUGGAGAAUUGAAUUUUUUUAGUCCCAGUUGGCUGCAUUUCUCAUUUUUUUUUUCAUUCUCCUUAGACUGAUGUUGUUUCCACAUUAUCAACUGCAGUAUUGCCAGAUGUACUCACACAGUUCAUGAACUAGGAUGUGUUUUCCCCCAUCUCACAAAUAAGCUGCAUGGGUAACUAUUGGGUAUACUUGUAUGUGGAGCAUGAAUGGUCUGAGUAUUAUAUUUAAAGGACUCUUCUGGGGGAAAAAAUGGAAAUUUGGUUUAGACACGGGCCUGCAGACACAGUAAUUGUUUGGAAGCCAUCAGAGUAACGGAAUGGAAAACCUGGAGUCAGUCGUUACGAUAUCCCAGACAGAACCAAACUCAAGGCAACGUUCAGGCUUUGCACUCGAAGUCGAAGUGAAGGUUUCCAUGAACCAAAGCUCUUAGAUUACGGUUAUCUACGUACGCCAAAGUCAAGAAGGGCGGGUGUCUAAAUACUAAACCUUAAUUUGCAUGUGUGCAGUGAAUAAUAUUACUUAUUAUUCCUCAGCUAGUCAAAUGUAGUAUGAUGUUUUCUGCCAAUGUAGACAGAGAGAUACACAGUACAGUGUGUAAGACCUGAGUGCCGGCCCAGCAUAUGCACAUAUCUAUCACUACGUAUCUAUAGCUAGGUCCUAUAGGUGUAUAUCUACAUGUAGAUAUAAAUAGAUACAGGCAUAUAGAGAUAAAUAUACCCACAUAGCCAAGGCCACUUUUGUCGUGGAAUAAACCAUGGCCUUUUUUACUGGCCUGGAGAUAAUUCGCCCUGUCUUCACAGGACCCUUGGCUGGGAGAAAACUCUGGUCAAAGCACAAAGAUGCUUGAGGUUGAUAACACUUUAACAUGUGUAUUUAUUUGUGUUAUCGUGUGUAUGUGUGUAUAUAUGUGUACAUAUGCAUAUAGAAAUGUAUAUGCUUUUUUAAAGUGGAUAUCUUUCAGUACCGAUGCUGAUGCACCAUCAAUAGUGUAUACACAUCCCUUUUAUAGAUUCUUUUCUUUGCCAAUAAAUUUGUGCAGUUUUACGUAAAUAUUUUGCUAUUCUACAUGAAUUGUAGUUAAUAACAAGGGUUUUUUCUUACGCACACCUAUGCAUGUGACAAACAUGUAUUAUUGUAAUUCUGCUUCUUACAGAAGUAUUAUUAAAUUGUAUUGUUUUCAAUAUUA